AUGCCGAAGUCAUUCACGAAAGUACACAAACAUAUUUCCAAGAAGCGCGGUGUGAUUGAUGCGCUCCAUGAGAACAGCAGAGAUGCGAAGAGAUUGCGCCGAGCGAACGCAAGGGACGAUCGAGUAGCCCGAGUCUCAGCAUUGAUGGCCCGUGGAAGACAGUCUUAUAUUGAUCGCGUCACGUACUUCCAAGAAACCGUUGCGGAAGAAUCCAAACCGUUCUCAGAAGAUGAUAUGAAGGAUUUGGUCGUGCGGUAUAUUAACCGUAGCGUCCCUGAGAUCGAACAACUACAGAGUGAGCGGAGGAAAGGCCGACCUCCAAGCAAGCGUGAAGAAGCCUUACUACAACGGACAGAGGUCGAGAACAAAGAGUUCAAGACUGGAUUUUGGAUGCCUGAUUUAAGUCAAGAAGAUGUGAUCAAAGGCCUCGCAUCGUGGAACGGAGACUGGUCCGGCCUCAGCAUGAUGAAAUUCAUCAGAAUUACCAAAGAUGGUGGAAAACAGCCGUCGGCUUUUCCACCCAAGGGACUUUCAUGA